AUGGGCUGCGGGACCAGCAAGGUGCUGCCCAAGGGCUGCGUGAGCGUCGUGCGGUCGCUGGUGGCCCUCAGCAGAGCGCCAUGCGGGGACCACCAUGGCGGCAAUCAGGACCCCAAGAAGAAGACGGACAAUGGCGGGUGGUUUUCCACCAAAGGGAAGAACCUCCCAUCAGAUAAGUUGUGCGGCGAUAAGCAGCAGCAGCAGCAGGUUAACCCCGAGACAUACAAGGACAAGUUUGACGCACGUGUCACAACCAGAUACGACAUCAAGGCGCUGAUCGGGCGCGGCAGCUUCAGCCGGGUGGUGCGGGCCGAGCACAGGACCAGCCGCCGCCCCUUCGCCAUAAAGCUGAUGGAGCUGGAGGCCCCCCAGGCGCGGGAGGUGUGCGCGGCCGAGCUGGCGGUGCUGCGACGGGUCAACCACGACAACGUGAUCCGGCUGGUGGAGGUCUUCCAAGGGCAGCGACGGGUCUAUGCCGUGCUGGAGUUGGCCACCGGCGGUGAACUGUUGGACCGUGUGGUCAGCAAGGGGCAGUACACCGAGCAGGACGCCACCCGGGCCCUACGGAUGGUUCUUGCCGGCGUGGGCUACCUCCAUUCUCUGGGUAUCACUCACAGAGAUCUGAAGCCUGAGAAUCUUCUUUACUACCACCCGGGCACCGACUCCCGCCUGCUGGUGACGGACUUCGGAUUGGCUACUUUUAGCGGGUCUGAAGCGCCACGUGGUACCGGGGGAAGCAGUACCUGGUCCUUAAGAACGACAUGCGGGACCCCCGAGUACAUGGCCCCGGAAGUGGUGCUCAGGCGCCCGUAUUCCUGCGCGGUGGACAUGUGGGCUGUGGGAGUGAUCGCUUACAUCGUGCUGAGCGGGUCCAUGCCCUUUGAGGACGACUCCCGCCGGCGACUCUACAGAUCCAUUCUCAGAGGGAAAUACAGCUUCCAUGGAGAGCCUUGGCCGUCCGUGUCCAAGCCAGCCAAGGACUUCAUCCGAGGUCUGCUGGAACCGGACCCGGCGCGACGCCCGAGCGCCGAGCGAGCCCUCCGUCACCCCUGGGUGGUCACCAUGGCAGCCAGCUCCUCCACCAGGAACCUCCACAGGUCCAUCUCCCAGAACCUGAGGCAGCGGGCUUCUCGGAACUCCUCGCGGUGCCACAGCAGGACCGUGGACGGGUCGGCCCGAGGAGACGGGAAGGACAUAGUGGAACCUCUGGGAUCCUGCAGGAACGGCUCACCGCCGUUCCCUCACCUGCUGACCCACUUCAGAAUUCCUCACACCAGUUCUGCUUCACUCGACAGCGUCAACGACAACAGAAACAUUUUUGCAUCAUAA